AUGCUUAACAAACUCUUCCCUCCUACAUUUGGGAGGUAAAGACAGACUAUCGUUGGAGGCCACAUCAAUAUCAUACCAGAGACGGCGAAACGGAUUCGAGGUUGCUGCCGGAAUUAAGGGCACGUGGUGCAGAGGGGAUAUCUAGUUUGUCUAAUAAUAUGUGGAAAGCUCUGAUGAAGGGGUCUGGAGGACGAUGUUAUCACAAUUUUGCUUGGAGGUGCGUACGGCAAAAUAGGCCCAUGCGAUGACCGACUGACGUGUACGUGCCAACGAAACUUCAUCACCAAUUUCUUCCGGGUAUGCUGAGAGAAGAUUUUGGUGUUCCUCUUGAGCCCGUUACAAUGCGUUUUGAGUCCACCAAUCGCAGGAUCAGUCGGCGUCUAAAAGAAAAGACGAUACUGAGACUUUUUAUCUCCCUCAAAAACUAAUCACUAACUAGGAGUAAAUCAGUCUAUUAGAGACGUAAGGACUCAGACUGAAUUUUGAUAUGAAUAUUUGGGCCGAAAUCUUUCAGCCAUAGGGGAAUAGCCGCCUAAUACUCAUGAAAUGCCAAAAGGCAGCCAGGAGUAUAUACAUAGGUAGCAAGAUAUACUGGACUUGUCAGCAGAGGUGCUAACUAAAAGUCCAGACACGUGUUUAGCCGACAUUUUGUCGCUGAAUGACAGAGCUACGAGGAGUCCGGUUCAUCAGUAAGUUCCCCAGCGUUCCCAGUGUACUCUUCUGGUAGACACUCCAGUUUUGAAAGUAAAAAGACGGUGGUCCACUGUUUGUAAAACGUUUUUCACCUGGGUAAGCCGACGCAUAAGAAGUUGCGUCAGCACAAAUCUCGUCUUUCUUCGUAGGAUUAAAGGUCGUAUACCACACCCUUCUGACGCGUUCUUCUUCUUACGUCCCCUACAGCCCCCCCCCCCCUGGGAACAUAGGACAUAUCGCUGGUCUUUUACCAUCUGAAGCACGGUCCUACUUUCACCGAAGAUGGUGAUCUGCACAAAUGCACAAAAAUUUCUUGUGAAUGGCUUAAGACAUUAUUUUGGCCUAAAUUCUCACUGGCAUAUUUGGUUCACACGCUUAAAAAUUAUGCGAAGAACGUUUGUUUUGAAAGGUUUGCGUCUGUCACCAUUUUCUACUUAUGUUGUUGACCGAAAAGCUGGUGUAUAUGCAGUCCCUUUCUGGCGUAGUGCGCUUCCUGUCUGCUUUUGACGAGCUAGGGAAGAUUUGGCCUAAGAUAAGGAUUUCGGAUACCGUAGACGUUAGAAACUUUUCAGUUCUGAGGAGGAACUGCCGGCAUCAUCUCAGCCGCCAAACUGACACGACGUUCGCACCCCCCGGCGCCGAACGCCUUCAGGCUCCGUACGUGAGCAGACAGGCUAAUGCGCGAUCCCUGUCUCGGUUGCUGACACUCACCAAGUGGCUUUCGUUCCUGUCACCGGCAGUUCGGAGAAACAGCAGCAGCAGCAGCAGCAGCAGCAGCAGCAGCAGCAGCAGCAGCAGCAGCAGCAGCAGCAGCAGCAGCAGCAGCAGCAGCAGCAGCAGCAGCAGCAGCAGCAGCAGCAGCAGCAGCAGCAGCAGCAGCAGCAGCAGCAGCAGCAGCAGCAGCAGCAGCACGUGAAUGUCCCCUGCCCUGUACCUUUAAGACAUCCGUCACGGCCUUGGAAAACAUCCCCACUCGGCAGUAGAGGCGCUAUUGCUGUUGGUGCUGUCUGUUUCCCUCAUCGCUCGUUUGGGAUUUUAUCGUGGCAGAAGUUCCCUGUUGAUUCUGUUGCCGACUGUAGUAUGGUCCCACCAACGCCGUAAAGAAAGCAGUUCUUUGUGUCUCAUAUCGGCCUACAGUUUCAUGCGUUUAACGUUUGGUCGAUGCUCCGCGACGUUUGCUUUGGACCCUCGACGGCCAUAUUGAUGAGUUUUUUUAUGGCCGCUGACUUUGAUGUCAUAUUUUUAGAGAUGACUUCCUCCUAGUCAGUCAAAAGAAUCGCUGAUCCAUCUGAAGUUUUAUAAACCUCACAGCCCGUUGUCUAAGUCGAUUCCCCGUUUUGCUUAUUUCUGACUGUCACUAUCCUUCCCUCUUCAGAUAGCUCCAUCAUUUGGUCAGACCCUGUUUUUGCGUAGCGGACGUAAACUAUGCGGUCACAACUUACACUGCCGCUAGGGGCCUUUCCCGCCGGCACGCUGUCUUGCUUCAGAUGCUUUGAAGAUUUUGAAGGCAGGUCUCAAGCAUACAAUUGGGUUCGGCAUCGUUCGGUGGGUCUAAAGACUGUUGGACAUCGUCCCUUUAUAAUGUCCCAAAGAAGAUGUCGCUGAGUUAGCGAUAAAGCAACUACUACUGAGUGCAGAAAUCGGAGACCAGCCCUGACUAAUAUCCUUCUCAGCUCAUUCAAGAUCCCAUUUAUGCUUCACAUCUAGCGAUCAUUCUCUAAGUUCGUUCUGCUUCGUUCUAACCAGCAAAGACCAUCAAAGUCACUGAUGUGCUCAAAACUGCAGUCACCACCCUCUUUGGGUUACCUACGUCCUCUCGAGCGCCAAUCGACCUGAGGAAUGCCGUCCAGACUUUCUAAAGUUGCAACGGGCAAGGACGCAGUAUGCAACGCGAGGGAGCAAGAUGACACCUCAUCGUUUAUCCGAAUGUUUACUUACUAUCGCGCUCCCCUUUCCAGCUUUCAACCCCACCCAUGAAACUCGUAUUAUACGAUGACCUGGCUUUUGUUCCCUGAGUGGGGUCGAAUACCGUAUCCCUGUCGUCGUAAUAAUCAAGUCCUGUGGUCAGGGUUUCGUUUUCGUCUGGAUCAACGACCUAGCGGAAGAGAACUUUAACUCUAAUGAUCACGAAUCCAUCGUUGAUAACUGUUCGAACGUCCUCACUCCCACGGCAUUACCAUAAGAGCCGGAAAUUUGGGUAGAGAUAAUCAGGACAUGUUUUCUUGGGUAGGGAUAGAGUUAAAUACGUUCCCGAGAAUUGUUACAGCAUCCCGAACCUCCCAAUCACAUCCAUAAUCAGUCUUCUACGUCGAUUCUUGGGCAUGUUGAGUUUAAAUCAUCGUUCUAUCCCUCAGUUGCUCUCGUUUGGCGGCCGCCCGGCAGUUUUCUGUGUCGCUCUGGGAUGACAGUGGUACCGAUGACAUUCGCUGGACAAAAAGCUGAAGCUGAAACCGCGCCAUCCUUAAAGCCGAGGACACGCAUAUUCUUAGGCUGUAUGGACCAUCAAAAAUGCAUAAAAAGGCAAUACCUCUGCGACCAAUUCUGUGUUUGUUUACUUCCCCUCGACACAAACUAGCAGGGUGGCUUGUAGAGGAAGUAGAACUAAUUCGACAUCGAUUUUCGACUUAAAAGAUAGAAGGCAAUUUCCAUUUCAUUGAACGCAAUUGCGACGCCUCAGUAUGCAUCAAGUCAGACGCCGUCAAGACGUCACUCCUUAUUGACUUCGUGGUCACGACACAUGCGCAAUGUUUCGACGACGGCCAGCUUCCACAGGUCCACAGUGAAGAUUCAGUUCUCCUUCAGAGAGACGUCCCUCUACCCUCUGACACUAGCACUAUGUCCUAUGAUCGUUCUGCUGGUUACGAGCAGACAAGGGGGUUAAGUCCCGCGCUACAAGGAUACCCUGAAAGCCUCCCUGAAGCGCUUUUAGAUUAACCGGGCAACCUCGGAAGAAUUCGACCGGGACCGACCUACGUGGAGGAGAACAUUGAUGACAGGCGCUGCAAUCUUCGAAGCCGAGUGCAUCACCGACGUUAAAGCCAAACGCGAGACUCGCAAAUCCCAACUGCCGCUGCCACACAACGCCCAUGCCCAACCGACUCCAACGUGUCCACUAUGUCAGCCGACAUUGCGGGUGCUGAAUGGACUUGUUUGACACCUCCGGACCAACUGCAGCACCCGGAAUGCACCAACCGUCGUCUCUCCGUUCACCUCUCCCUAGCCUCCUACGCCGUCAACUAUUUCUGACCGCUCUCCCGAACCGCCACUACCAUCCUCCUUCUCCAAUGACCCAACGUCUGCCGCUGUGUCUUCUGCCAUGCCCAUAAACACCACACACAAUCCUGACACACCAACACCACCGCCUUCGAUAUCAGUGAUGAGGACCUGGUCUACACCUGUCCUCAUUGAGAUCGCACCUUCACCUCACACAUAG